AUGAACACGCAAGAUAGGAUAGAGGAGAAAUCUGCGGCAUCCCAAAACGACCCAUCCCCAAAUGCCCAUAACCAAUCCGAUCCCGCUACAAAAGCAGAACCUCCAACACCCUGGCUAGCACUGAUCAAUAUCAACAGUACUACGCAAUCUGGCAUUUUAUCCUUCGCCUUUGCGUACACACUCAUCAAACUUGGCUUCUUGCUAUUUCCCAUUGUCAAUACUGCCCUCUUCACUGCAGAGGUGGAUAGAUCCAUACUCACCCAGAUAAACAAUGCCAUUGAAAAGGCGGGUUCAGCUGAAAAUGACCAAUUUCUGCUUCCGGAGAAAUGGCCUCAUGCGGUAUACAAACAGGGUUUCAAUGGGCUCUGCAGAACAAACGAUGGCUCCAGAACCGUGUGCUACUAUGGUACCAACACCGUCGAGCUUUUCAUGCACGACAUUGCUCUCCAGAUAGCAGAGUACAACGGAAUAUACUGUCUGUCUGCCUUCAAAGACAACUUUCUCAAGUUGAUGAAACUGGGGCUAGAUAUCAGGGACAAUCUCGCUUCUUUGGUUCCAGAAACAUGGCCUCAUGCUACGUACACGCAGACACUUCAAGGGUUUCAAGGGUUUUGUCGAACCAGCGACGAUACUGUUGUUUGUUAUCCUGGUUUCAACGCGUUUGAGAGCUUUAUGAGUGACAUUGCUCUUCAAAUCGCAGACUAUAACAAAAUGGAGGACCCCAGUGCCUUCAAAAUUGAGUUUCUCGACACGUUGGGCAAGGUGAAGUUGGAUGUAGAGAGUCGUGGUUCAAAAUUGACCUUCAAUGGUCGAAUCAACCGUCCAGACCAUCUUUUCACGCCUUUCUUGCACGUCAUCAAAGCGCUUCUGUUGAUAGAAUUGCUGAUACUCAGCUUCUGCUUGCUCUACGGCACCAACAAGAACCUUGUCUGGUUAUCUGCACUUUCGCUCUUCAACGGAUGUGGCAUAGUAGGCGCCAUUGUGAUUUUGGAAGAAGACUGGUACCACUUAGACCCAUUUUUUGUGAGCUGGCAGGCACCUCCACUUCUCUUUUGCUUUGUGGCAAACGUCUUGAUUCUAUUCGGAAGUACCAUCACUGUGAUAGUUUCUGCGUCUCAAAAAGCUGAAAAGAAAGUGGGGGCUUCUCAAUCUAAGAGAAGCUAG